AUGACUGUGAUUGAGAAUGAGUUAAUUCCUACUCGCACUGUGACGAGGUGGAGAGUCUACAUUGAUUAUAGACGGCUCAACAAAGCAACCCGCAAGGACCAUUUCCCACUUCCAUUCAUUGACCAAAUGCUAGACAGAUUAGUCGAGCAUGAAUAUUAUUGCUUCCUUGAUGGUUAUUUGGGAUACAAUCAGAUUGUCAUAUGCCCAGAGGAUCAGGAAAAGACCACUUUUACUUGUCCUUAUGGUACUUCUGCCUUCAAGCGAAUGUUGUUUGGUCUUUGUAAUGCACCAGCCACUUUCCAGAGGUUGCUUGAAAAAGAUGUAACUUUCAACUUUGAUGACACCUGCCUCAAGGCAUUUGAAGAAUUCAAAAAGAAGUUCGUGUCUGCUCCCAUUAUUGUGGCACCCAAUUGGUCCUUACCAUUUGAGCUUAUAGGUGAUGCAAGUGACCACGCUAUUGGGGCAGUGUUAGGCUAG